AGUGAUUAAUGGAGGCGACAAUUUGGUCAGUACAUAAAUAAAGAAUUUUUUGUAUUUGUGUCGCGAAUCGGUGAAUAAUGUAAUAUUUUCCUUUAUAAAUUCAACAAAGUUAUUCCAGAUUUUAGUUUUUAAAACUUGUGCAAUAUUAGUUAGUUUGUGUAUUGUGAUUGUGAUGAAAUUAUACGUCAGCGCUUGAAUUCAUUAAUUUUUCAUAAUGGAUACCAAUUCAGAAGAAUCUCCAGGUUUUUAUCAAUUAAGUAUUACAGUUGAAUGCGCUCAUUUAAGACUUAAUAGUUUUUUAAAGCCAAACCCCUAUGUAGAAAUUACAGUAGACGAGCAAACCCCAAGAAAAACAGACAUAGUAAAAAAUACCACUCAGCCAAAAUGGAAUGAAACUUUCACUCUGCUUGUGACCCCACACUCAAAAAUCAAUUUGAGUGUACUAGAUAAGAAAAACUUCAGAAAGGACAGUGUUUGCGGGGAGAAGAAAGUCGAUCUCUUUCAGUUACUUACAUACUUUAACGGAAAAUGUGAUAAUUUGGAAUUAACACUAGAUUUAAUCAACGAGAAUAAACCCAGUGAAUCACCUACAAAAGUUGGCGAAUUGAUGUGUUUUCUUAAAGGCUUAAAUGUGGAUGUAUCAAACUAUACUAGACCAGGGGGUUCCACUCCACUUACUCAGAGUAACUCUGAUUCAUCCAACAAUAGUAGAAGUGUUUUUAAUGGAAUUAAGGCAAAGGUUCGAAGUACAGGCACAGAGAAUGUAGUGCCUUCUUCGUCAAGGCGGUCAAAUCAACUAACGACCUCUCAGAGUACCAAUAGCAUACCAAAUGUUAAUGGUAGGCCACCAAGGCCUGCACCAGAGGUACCAAAUCAACCAAGGAGGUCUAUUGACAGUAGUAAUUCAUUAACAAAUAAUAACACUGAAAAUAGUAGCAUUGGUCCACCUGCAACUGUGCCCAAUGGCAACACGGUUCAAUCCGACGCUGAAGAGAACCGAAAUGAAGAUCCUUUACCGCCCGGUUGGGACCUCAGAUUUGAUACUUACGGAAGGAGAUAUUAUGUGGAUCACAACACCAGGUCUACUUCUUGGGAGCGGCCCCAGCCGUUGCCGGCCGGCUGGGAGAUGCGCAAAGACAACCGGGGACGGGUCUACUAUGUCGAUCACAACACCAGAACGACCACGUGGCAAAGACCAAACACCGAAAGACUUCAGCACUAUCAGCAAUGGCAGGGACAACGACAACAUAUCGUUCAGCAAGGAAACCAAAGAUUUUUGUAUGGCCAGGCACAGAAUGGAUCAGUUGCUGGUCCAUCAACUGUUGCAGAUGAAGAUGAUGGUUCGGGACCCCUGCCAUCAGGAUGGGAGAGGAGAGUACAACCUGAGGGUCGCGUAUAUUUCGUGAAUCACAAGAACCGCACCACGCAAUGGGAGGACCCGCGUACGCAGGGCCAGGAAAUAAGCAACGACCUGGACGAGCUGCCUCUGCCGGCCGGCUGGGAGAUCCGGUUCACCGACGACAACAAGCGCUAUUUCGUCGACCACAACACCAAGACGACCACGUUCGACGACCCGCGUCCCGGCGCCCCCAAAGGACCCAAGGGAAUGUACGGCGUGCCGAGGGCGUACGAGAGAAGUUUCAAAUGGAAAAUCAGCCAGUUCAGAUUCUUGUGCCAAAGCAACGCGGUACCCAGUCACAUGAAGAUCCAAGUAUCGAGACAAACUCUGUUCGAGGAUUCUUUUCACACCAUAAUGAGAUUACCGGCGUACGAACUUAGGAGGCGCGUUUACAUCAUAUUCAAAGGCGAAGAAGGUCUGGAUUACGGCGGCGUCAGCAGGGAGUGGUUCUUUUUGGUGUCGCACGAGGCGCUCAAUCCGAUGUACUGUCUUUUCGAGUACGCCAACAAGAACAAUUACAGCUUGCAGAUAAACCCCGCGUCCUACGUCAAUCCGGAACAUUUGACCUACUUCAAGUUUAUCGGCAGAUUCAUCGCCAUGGCUCUCUAUCACGGAAGAUUUAUAUACUCAGGUUUUACUAUGCCCUUCUACAAACGCAUGCUGGGCAAAAAGCUCGUAAUGAAGGACAUCGAAAGCAUCGACCCGGAAUUCUACAACUCCCUGGUGUGGCUGAAGGAGAACAACAUCGACGACUGCGGCCUCGAGCUCUACUACAGCGUGGACUUCGAAGUGCUGGGCCAAGUGGUGCAUCACGAGUUGAAGAAGAACGGCGACAAGGAGCGCGUCGACGAGGAAAACAAGGAGGAGUACUUGACGCUGAUGACGGAAUGGAGGAUGACGCGCGGCAUCGAGCAGCAAACGCAAGCGUUCCUGGACGGCUUCAACGAAGUGGUGCCGAUCGAGUGGCUCAAGUAUUUCGACGAGCGCGAGCUGGAGCUGCUGCUCUGCGGCAUGCAGGAGAUCGACGUCGAAGAUUGGCAGAAGCACACCAUUUACAGGCAUUACCAGAGGAGCAGCAAGCCAGUGAUCUGGUUCUGGCAGUUUGUAAAACAAUCCGACAAUGAAAAGCGCGCAAGGCUGCUUCAGUUUGUGACUGGAACUUGCAGGGUGCCCGUUGGAGGUUUUGCAGAAUUGAUGGGUUCAAAUGGUCCCCAGAGAUUCUGCAUUGAGAAAGUUGGUAAGGACUCAUGGUUGCCGCGUUCCCACACUUGUUUUAAUCGCUUAGAUUUGCCCCCUUAUAAAAGUUAUGAACAGUUAGUAGAAAAAUUGACAUAUGCAAUAGAAGAAACCGACACAUUUGGACAAGAAUAAUUAAAUUUUUCAACUUGUAUGUACCUGAAAAUAAUAUACAAAGUCUGGUUAAUUUUUAUUUUGGCAAAUGGUACCCUAAUUGUUUUUAUUAUUAAUUUUAUUCACAGAAUAUUGUACUUGUGCAAUUUAAUUUAAAUUGUAUUUCAAUGUGAUAAUUAGAUGUAUAUUGGCCUAUAAUUUUUUAGCAUCAUCUAAAAUAAUAACAAUACUUGAUGUAUAUAUUUUUAAAAGAUUUGUAUUUGUAUAUUUUUUAAAUAUUGUAGAAUUAUACUUACUUUUUAUUGUAAUAUUAUUAUUAUUAUUAUUAUAUAUUAUUUUACUCACAUUCCAAAUUAUUUUCUUUAAAUAUUUU